CGUUGUGUUUAUAUUUUUCCAAUUUUUUAUUGAUGAUGAUCAUUUUUACUUUUUAAAUUCAAAACUAAUUUUGUUUUGUGCCUUUAAUUUUUAUUAUCAUCCAUUGUCUUGUUGUAAUUCAAUCAUAAAUAGUUGAUAAAAAAAACUAUCUAAAGUGUAAUAUUUCCUUUAGUAUUUUUUGUGAUAUUUGAAAAAAAAGAAUGGCAGAUCGAUUAACGCAACUUCAAGAUGCCGUAAAUGUACAAGCAGAAAAUCUAUGCAACAGUAUCGGUUUGUUGCAACAAAGUUCACGACCAACACCGUUUCCAGAAUUUGCUACAUUUUCUCGUUCUCCAAGUACAGCAUAUAAACAGGUAUUAAUCGAAGCUGGAAUACCUGUCGAAAUUGAUGAUAUUGAUAAUAAUGUUGAUCAAAAAGAAAAUAAUGUAGUUAAAAAUGGUCAUGAUAAUUCGAAUAUUAUUAAUAAAUCUACGGAAAAAUCAUCAAAUAGUGAUUUAAAACAAAAUGGUGAUUCAUCUUUAAUGAUCAAUGGUGAUGGUAGCAUUUUACAACAACCGCAAUCAUUUCCUGAUCCUGGUGAAAAUUCAAAAUUUUUUGCCAAAUUAAUAACAAAAACAGCAAAAGAUAUUGAUUUAAUUAUUGAUUCAUUACCAAAUCGUGAACUUGAAUCUGAUCUACAAGAAGCACAUAUAAAAGUAUUGGAAAUGGAAAAUCAUGAUGAACAAAAAAAAUUAGAAACUGUUAUCAAUCAAGCUGAACAAUUAUUGGAUGUAAUCAAAAAUGCAUUAGAAGAUAUUGCUCAAAAUCAGAUGCGAAUGAAACAAUUAGAAGCACAAAUGCUUACAUCAUCGACAACAUCAACAACAUCAUCCUCGUCAUUAUUAUCAUCAACAACGAAUAAAAAUACCAUACAAUCAUCGACAAGAAUCUUACAUAACAUUCUUGAUGAUCACCAUUCACCUGAUUAAAUAAUGAUGAUAAUCGAUCCGGAAAUUCUUAUUCCAAUGGCACCAUCAACAU